AUGGCGAGAACUCCUUACACUGACAAGAAUGGUCUGAAGAAGGGCACUUGGACUGCAGAAGAGGACAUGCGGCUUGCUGCCUACGUCGCCGCGCACGGCUGCCGGAACUGGCGCCGAUUGCCCAAAUAUGCUGGUUUGGCAAGAUGCGGGAAGAGUUGCCGGUUGCGGUGGUUGAACUAUCUGAGGCCAGAUAUUAAGAGAGGGAACUUCACUAAGGAAGAGGAAGCUGCCAUUGUUGCUCUACAUGAAUCACUGGGGAACAAAUGGUCGAUAAUUGCAACCCAUUUGCCAGGGAGGACUGACAACGAGAUCAAGAACUACUGGAACACUCACGUGACGAAGAAAUCUCAAUCUAAACCCGCCACCACUACAGACGCUGCACAGCCAAUUGUUUGCAGCAGCAGCAGCAGCAACGUCGACGCCGUUUCUCAUCAACAGCAAUUAUCAGAGAUUGUUAGUACAUCAAUUGGCCAUGAGAGUUAUCAUGAUAAUAUAAGUAGGCAUGAAAUUACCGACGUUGAGGUUGUCUCGACGCCACAGAUCAAUGAUCAUCAGUACUGCUUGUCCCUGCCUCAGAUGUCCGCCGAGAGCAGCUCCUCUCUAUCGCCAACAACUGGUACUGACAGCCCGAAUUCGAACAGUGGCAGUUCGGUUUUGAUUACGAAUGACUUUCAUCAGUGUGAUUUUGGUGGCGAUUUCUGGUCGCAGCCAUGCCAGCUGGUUGAUGCUGCUGAUGACUAUACACAGCGGGAGAUUUACAGUACUACUACUACUACUGACGAUGAUCAGUAUUUCGGCUUUUACAAUGAUUACAUGCUCUGGCUACAUUACGGCUUGCACAAUGAGUUGGUGCAAGGGAUCGUAUGA